CACCAAGAUGGAGGAUGCCAAUUCAAACUCUGGCGAGCCAGAAUCUCAUAUUUCUUGCCUAUUUCCCGAGAUUCUGGCUAUGAUAUUUAGUUAUCUGGAUAUACGGGGUAAAGGACGUGCAUCGCAGGUAUGUGUGGCCUGGAGGGACUCUGCCUAUAACCGCCACGUUUGGAGAAAUGUCGAGGCUAAAUUGCAUCUCCGAAGAGCAAACCCUUCUUUGUUCCCCAGUUUGGUAAAACGUGGGAUAAAACGAGUACAGGUACUGAGUUUGAGACGAAGUCUGAGGGAUCUUAUCACUGGUAUACCUAAUCUUGAAAGUUUGAACUUAUGUGGCUGUUAUAACGUUACUGACAUUGGCCUUGGCCAUGCAUUCAUCCAGCAGUUGCCCCAAUUGACUGCCCUGAACCUAAGCCUGUGUAAACAGGUGACAGACAGUAGCCUUGGGAGGAUAGGACAACACGUUAAGAAUCUCGAAGUUCUGGAGCUUGGUGGUUGCAGUAAUGUUACCAGUACAGGACUUCUCCUCGUUGCUUGGGGACUCGUCAAACUGAAGCGUCUCGAUCUGCGAAGUUGUAGACAUAUUGGCGAUAUUGGUGUUGGGCAUCUUUGUGGUCUAAGUUCGCACUGCCAAGCUAAUGGUACUUUAUCAUUAGAAUAUCUAGGCCUUCAAGAUUGUCAGAAACUGUCUGAUUUAGCAUUAAAACACAUAAGCAAUGGAUUUCAUAACUUGAGCAGUGUAAAUCUCAGCUUUUGUACUGGAAUUACAGACACUGGGCUGAAAUAUCUGAGUAAAAUGACUAGUUUGCGCCAUUUGAAUCUUCGUAGUUGUGACAAUAUCAGCGAUAUGGGAAUAGGAUACUUAUCCGAGGGUGGGUCACAUUUGACAAAUUUAGAUGUGAGUUUUUGUGACCGUAUUGGUGACUCUGGUAUGCUGCAUUUAUCUCAAGGACUAUUUCAUUUGACUCGAUUAAGCCUGAGUGCCUGUAACAUUAGCGAUGAUGGAAUCAGUAGUUUUGUGAAGACUCUUCAUGACCUUGAUACUCUGAAUAUUGGUCAAUGUAACCGGGUCACAGACAGAAGUCUAGGCCUUAUAUCAGAACAUCUCAAAAAGCUGAAAUCAAUAGACUUAUAUGGAUGUACAAAGAUUACUACAGUCGGUUUGGAAAAAAUAAUGCAAAUUCCUCAUUUAACGACUCUAAAUCUUGGACUAUGGCAUCAACCAGCCAAUGAUGCGACUAACAAAAGCUCAGGCGCGACAAGCGAUACUUGGGGAAGUACAACUACUUAAUCUGAAGCCGUUGCCAUGGAGAUGUAGGAGAUAUUUUAUUGGUUGCUAUACAAACUUGAAAUCAUCUAAAAGUGUAACAGAAUUGUUAUAUUGUUCUACUUACUUAUUUGAUCACAAAAUUUGAAAGUUCUACUUAGUUGUACAUGUAGUAAGAGGUACAGUAAUAAUGUACACAUGUGGUAUAAUAUGUACAUGUUUAAAAUCAAACAGUAUUACAUGUACUUUGUAAUGAAAUACUGUAUGCAUUUUCUGCUUUUAGUCAUGGGAAUUGUUAAGAUUAAUAUUGCUUUUGUUGAGAACAUAUUGAUCUUCUUUUUCUAUUAAUUUAUUUGCUGAUUUGAAAAUGAUCACAGGUCACUUUGACAAAAUGAUAUAAUAUUAUUGAAAAGGCAAAAUCAUUUUUUAUGAAGGGAGAAUAUGGAUACAGUGUUAUCUACCAGAUAGAAACUAGAUGCUAAAAGCAAUAUUUUAACUGCUGAAGGUCACAGUGACCUCUUGAUGUGCCACAUAAGAAUUUGUUUAUAAAUUAUCUAACAUGUGUACACCAUGAAUAUAGAGAGUAUAGUCCAAGUAUAUACUGUAUUCAUCUUUAAUUUGGCGAUACAUAAAUCGGCGAUUUUGGGAUAUCAUACCUACGGG